AUGAAGUUGACCGCUUCAACUAAGAAUUUGAGCUUGUUAUACAGUUCCAAACAUGUUAUUCCUCCGAUUGCCGCACGCUACAUGGGAUCCCCAGUCCAUCCGAUUGCCCCGAAGAUCGCACACAGCUGGAAGGGUCGAGACCGUGAUACGCUAUGGUGGAGAGUAUCUGUGUCCCACAUCACGCAGCUCAAGCGAGUGGUUCGCUCUUUAUGCGCUCGACAGGCACGCCUCGCGUUCGAGCUAGCCUUGAAAGAAAAAGGCUUUGAUCGUUUAGGGAGACCACUCCCCUCGUCCUACUCAUGGCUUCCACGGGAUCCUCUCACCGGCUCGGUGGAUCUCAUCAUCCGCCCGUCAUUCGUCAAGCAGAGCUUCGAGACGGUCCAACACGAUGCACGCUUGGUCUUGGAGGGCUUGUUAAAACAACGCGCAAUGCAUAACCAGAUUGCAUAUCCAUAUCCGAGAUCCGAAGCUCCUCCUGGAAUGGAAAGGGCUUGA